ACAAACUCAACAGAUCCAAUCACUUUCUCUCUCUAUUUUUCAAACCAAUAAAUCAAGCACUCAACUCCACACUCCCUCACUCAUAACCAAAAAAAUGGCUUCCAAAAAAGCACUUCUAUACUUCAACUUAUCACUUCUCAUUACAACAAUCUCUCUUCUUCCAUUUCCAACUUCCUCAUCUCGCAUCAUUACUUCACACACCUCCCUUCUUGAUAUCUCUUCCUCAAUUCACCAAACCAAACAAGUCCUUAACUUUAACCCUAAUAACAUUAAUCUUGUUGAAGAAACCCUAAACCAAAAACCCGUUUUUUCAAACUCUUCAUCUUUCUCAAUUCUCAUACAUCCAAGAGAGAAUCUUCUCAAUGAAAACCAUAAAGACUAUACAAAACUUAUGCAAGCUAGACUCACUCGUGACUCAGCCCGAGUUGACUCACUAACUACAAAACUCGAACUUUCUCUAAACAACCUCAAGAAAACCGAUCUCCACCCGGUUCAAACCGAGCUUCAACAAGAAGAUCUCUCCACACCAGUUUCCUCCGGUUCUGGCUCCGGCUCCGGUGAGUAUUUCUCCAGACUAGGCAUAGGUCAACCACCAAAACCCUACUACAUGGUUCUUGACACAGGUAGUGACGUUAACUGGAUCCAAUGCAAACCAUGCACAGAAUGUUACCAACAAACUGACCCAAUAUACGACCCAACUUCAUCAUCAACCUAUCAACCCAUGACCUGUGAAGCAGAACAAUGUCAAUCACUCGAACUUUCUGGUUGUCGUGAUGGUAAAUGUCAAUACCAAGUUUCUUACGGUGAUGGCUCAUUCACUGUUGGAGAAUAUAGCACUGAAACAGUCUCUUUUGGAAACUCCGGGUCAGUGAACCGUGUUGCUAUCGGUUGUGGCCACGAUAACGAAGGUUUAUUCGUUGGUGCAGCUGGUUUACUCGGACUUGGUGGUGGGUCGCAAUCUUUAAUUUCGCAGAUCAAAGCUUCAUCGUUUUCUUACUGUUUAGUUGACCGUGACUCGGGAAAAUCGUCAACUCUUGAGUUUAACUCGGUUCAACCCGCUGAUUCAGUACUUGCUCCGAUGUUAAAGAAUCAAAGAGUUAAUACGUUUUAUUAUGUUCAGCUCACUGGUAUUAGUGUUGGUGGGCAGAUGGUUUCUGUUCCGGCGGCGGCGGGAGAUGGUUCUGGAAGUGGUGGGAUUAUUGUUGACUCUGGAACCGCGAUAACGCGGUUACAGAGUCAACUUUAUAACUCGGUUCGCGACGAGUUUAAAAGAAUGACUCAGAAUUUACGUUCUGCUGAUAAUUUUGCUUUGUUUGAUACUUGUUAUGAUUUGUCUAAUUUACAAAGUGUUAGGGUUCCAACUGUGGCUUUUCAUUUUGGUGAGAAUAAGGUUUGGAGUUUGCCGGCGAAGAAUUACUUGAUUGCGGUGGAUUCUGCCGGAAAGUUUUGCUUUGCUUUUGCUCCGACGAGUUCUUCUUUGUCUAUUAUUGGAAAUGUUCAACAACAAGGGACUCGUGUUACUUUUAAUCUUGCUAAUAAUUUAGUGGGAUUCUCAAACGAUAAGUGCUAGAUUUGGACUCCGGAGUCGGAAGACCCGGCAUUCACGCGUCCGAGGACAUUGGUGGUCCUCUUAUCUUGAUCGGAUAUUGAUGGCCAUUUUAUUUUAAAUUUGAAUCGUCUGAUCUUGAUAAAACGAGCAUUAAUGUAUCGGAUGUGUGAAUGCAGGGAAUGAUGACUGCAGGAGAGUUGGGUCACUAGAUUUGUAGUAAAGGUUUAUUAAGUAUUUAACCCCCACAUCUUGAAUAUAAUAAUGUUAUUAUUAUAAUUUAUUAUAAUGUUGGAGGGGAGAAAUUUAAAUACUUAUAGUAUAGGUUUUACUAGAUUGUUAUAAUUAUGGCUUAAGUUGUAAGUUUAGUGAAAGGUAUAAAGGAAAAACAAAAGGGCUUUGAUUGAAUUGUUUGUUUGGGUGGUAAAAGACAUGUACCCAAAUAAACAUUUUACCUUUGAAUUGUAUGAUUUCUAAAUUGGCAGUUUUUAUAAUGAUUUAUUUAUAAAA